AUUUAUACGAUUGUUUAAGGACCUUGUAUUGGGUAGAAGUUAAGCUUUGUUCAUCAUUAUGUCAUCUCGAAGAUCGACAAAAAGGAAACAACCACGAAGACAGCGAACAUUGAAUAAGAAUGUUCGUCGCUCAAGCCUCCCCAAUACAUAUGUUGCUGCGUUGGAAGACGAAGACAGCGACGUAGAGUUAAUCACAGACGAUGACGUAUCAGACAACGACCCGAAGGAAAUUCUUGAGAAAAUUCAAGAACAGAAAGAUAUCAUCGCUAACGUGAGGUCACGACCCUGGCCCAUGAAAAAGAAGUUGAAAGUUUUGGAGGCAGCGAGACGCUACGUUGAGAAACACGAAGGAAGAUUGUCGAAAAGUAAAGAAUACAGCGAAGCUGGAAAGGAGGCAUGGCGGAAACUGAAACGAGUAGUGAACAACAUUGGUGUAGCGCUUACACCCUGGGAUAUGAGGAUAAAAAGAAUUGAAAGUUAUUUCGGUUCCGGAGUCGCUUCUUAUUUUAUUUUCCUUCGUUGGCUUGUUCAAAUCAACGUCACAAUGGGGAUUAUUACGACUGCGUUCCUGGUUGUUCCAGAGAUUCUGGUCGGUAAUGAUUCAGCAACGUAUAAACAAAUUCCCACCAGCGAAAAGCAUGACACGUGGAAUUUACAUACGAUUUGGUCGCUUGGCGGUCAUUUACAACACUCAGUCUUGUUUUACGGCUACUACACCAACGACAGGGUGGUUGGGAACGGCUACAGGAUCCCUCUCGCUUACUUUCUUGUUGGUAUCGCAACGUUCGCGUACAGUUUUAUGGCUUUACUGAGAAAAAUGGCCAAAAACUCUCGCUUGAACGGGAAUUCUUCUUCGGAGGACGAUUACACAUUCUCGUGGCGGCUUUUCUCUUCUUGGGAUUACACGAUUGGAAACCAAGAAACCGCUGAAAACAAAUCAGCGGCGAUUACAACGGUUCUAAGGGAGGCCAUUGUGGAAGAGCAAGAAAAAGAGAAGAAAGAAGACAGCAAGAGGAAUCUUCUUAUAUUUCUACGCAUUGUCGCAAACAUCCUCGUGUUACUGCUAUUGGCUGGAAGUCUGUAUAGCAUUCAGUUUGCUGUGAGUCGCGCACAGGAACUUGAAUUGGAAGGAGGGGGGUCUAACUUCUGGGAACAGAAUGAGGUCAGUAUUGUGGUGACAGCCGUUACAAUGAUCACGCCAUCAUUGUUUGAGGUUAUUGGUUCAAUGGAGAAAUAUCAUCCAAGGAACACAUUAAGAAUACAGUUGGCGAGAAUACUCAUGUUAUAUCUUGGCAAUCUUUAUUCUCUAAUGAUCGGGUUACUCGGCCAUGUUGCUGAAGCCACCGCUCAAAUACACCUGGAAGAUACAGAGCUUCAUUCAAGUAACACAACUGAAACUCCAAGAAACCAAACCUUGGUUGAAAAGUUGAUUUUUUACCAAGACGUGAAUGUUUCUCAAGGUGGCGAAUAUAAAGCAAUGAACAACGGAAGUCGAAGUCCUGGACAAAGAACUGAAUGUUGGGAAACUUACGUUGGACAAGAACUCAUGAAGCUAUCUGUCAUUGAUCUGAUAUCUACGUUGCUUACGAUAUUAAUUGUUGACUUUAUCCGAGCUUUGUUCGUUCGUUACGUCAACAGAUGUUGUUGUUGGGAUAUGGAAAGUCAGUUUCCGGAAUACGGAGAAUUCAAAAUUGCGGAAAAUGUUUUACACCUCAUUUACAACCAAGGCAUUACAUGGGUUGGGUCGUUCUUUUGCCCUGUGUUGCCGACUAUUAAUGUCAUCAAGCUCACACUAAUGAUGUAUGUCAGGAGUUGGGCAGUGGUCACAUGUAAUGUUCCGCAUCAAAGAGUGUUUAGAGCUUCAAGAUCCAACAACUUUUACCUGUCCAUGUUGUUGUUCAUGUUGUUUCUAUCAUUGUUACCGACAGUGUGGGUGAUAGUGAAGCAUCCUCCAUCGAGCUGCGGACCUUUCCGCAACCGGGAAUGGAUGCAUACCAUAGUUACAGAAACCUUGGAAAAAGAUGUUCCAUCUUGGCUAAAUGAAGCGUUGGGUUAUCUCACUACACCUGUGGUAGUUCUGCCAGCAAUUCUUCUGCUUUUCAUGAUCAUCUACUAUCUUCAAGCUGUUGCCCGAUCUUCCAAGGAAGCCAACGCGAGGCUAAAACUUCAGCUUCAUUAUGAAAGGAAGGAAGGGAAGAAGAGUGUUUUCCUGUUGGGUGCAGGAAAGCGACAACAACAGAAGCAGAUGCGAUGCGAAAAUAAUGAUUCUGAUUUUAAGCCUUCACUCACACCCAUUAUAGAAGCUAGAACAUCUUCUCCUGAAGUAAAACCAAUAAAAAAAGUUGAAACUACACAAGUAAAGCCAUUUAAAAAGAAAAAUAGACAAUCUAUUCGUUUGUCAAAGUUGAAUGAACCAGAAGUUAAAUAUGUUGACCACGAAAAGCAUAAAGUUCUUUUUGAAGCCGCAGCAAAUAGUAAUACCUCAGACGCAGACAUGGAUGAAUGUGACAUGGGAUCUUCCAUGGAACAUCAGGUUAUUGUUCAUAACAAUCAUCAAAGUAAUGACCAAGACAACUAUUUUAACGAACAAAAAAGCUUGAGAAACGAAACUGCACAAAUACUCCAGGAUAAACUGAGUCGAUAUUUGGAAGAAUCUACUGACGUGUUGGAAGAAUGUGAAGAGACAGGUUCUUCCGUAAGCAACAUUGUAAGAACAUCUAUAAAGCAACAGGGGAGUCAGAUUGAACCACCACAUCAACAAAAGAAAACACCCCCACAUGGUUGUCAAUUGAAGAAUAUAAACCCCAACAAAUUAUCAAGGAUUGUCCAUGAAACUGGGAUUCCUACAGGCCCAUAUGUAUUAUUAAAAGAUCUGCAAAAAGACAACCAUAGCGAUACUAGUGAAAUACAUCAAGGAGAAAAUCCCCAUCAACCUGCUCCCCCCACCUCACCCAUGCUUGUGCGAGUUGACCCCCCAAUACCCCGCCCACGAACGAUGGAUUUACACGAGAAGGUUAUUCUACCUGAUCAAUAUCUUAUUGUGGAAAGAUCCCCGAUACAUGAAGAGAAGUGUUGUUCAGUUCAACCGACCACAGUUUAUUAAACGACAUCAUUUCCAAUAUGCGUCAUCAUCAGAAACACAGGAACCAUCAGAAACUGAGAGUUUGAGCCCACUACGCUAUGCUACAACAGAUAGGUAUCAAAAGUAUAGAAAGUCGUUCGCUAUACCUAGUGAGGGCAAACCUCAUUGUUUUUAUGAUGGAGACCUCGUUUAUACGUCUGACGGUGCAAGCUAUCGAAGAGUGUCGUGUCAUCCGGACCCUGGAAGAUACCAUGGGAGUCCCAUCCCUAUAAGAAGGGAGAGAUACACAGUUUUAACAGAGACAGGUUCAUUGUCUUCACGGAGAAGUUCGUUUAAUACAGUUCCCUUAACAAAAGCUUCAGUAUCGAAACAGAUGGAUUAUAAAGACCAAGUGCACAAGCGCCGAGGUUUAUUGCGGUCGCAAGCUACUAUAGAUACAGGAGAUGAUGCAGACACCGAUGAAACUGCUGAUGGAGAAAAACAAGUUCAGUAAAAUGAGGUUCUUGUGCAUUGGUGACUCAAGGUUCAUGGGAAUUAUGGAAAUUUUGAUACUUUUGUAUCGUUAAACUUGUGAACAAACUCGGUUAUUGGUGCCCUGGCAGUGUUGUAUAAUGUGGGACUCUUACUUACACUCCACAAGCUUGUCACUGCUACUAUUGUGGGUGCAUGUGUCCUUGGACAAGACACUUGACAGCAAUUGCUCCAACCAAGUGGUUACUAAUAGGUUGUCUAAAUUGUCAACUAUACAAAGAAUGGCCUAAAUGUUAAUUACUUACUAAAUUACAUUUGUGAUAACUUAUAAGCAGGCACGAGGUGUAUGUAACAGAGCACCCAUGUUAUAACGACUGCCGUUGCCUCGCCAUGUGAGGCUAAAUAAUUUACAUAUGUAGUAACUCGUAAGCAGGCACGAGGUGUUAUGAAACAGAACACCUAUGUUAUAACGACUGUGGUUUAUCAGUCAUAAAUCGAAUCUUACAUAUAUUUAAUUACGGAUAAAACAAAUUGCAUUUCUUUAUUUAUACAGCAAGACUAUUUUUUCUGAAAUUUGGGAACAAAGUUUCAUGAAAAUAAUAGUAACUGAUGAUUUUGUGUGAAUAUAUGUUUGUUUUUUAAUUGUGGAUAUACAUUAAGAAAACAUGUUUUAUAAAUUGAAGUUGUUAACAUUUAUUUGGGUUAAACAAAACCGAGAUAAAAGUGAUGUAGAAAAAAAUUCUAGUAAAAAAAUUAAGGAUUUUUUACUUUUAUGUGGAUAAAAAACUUGUGUCAUUGCCAAUUUUUUGAACUAUGGAUUUAUUAUACCAAUACAG